CAGCGCGGCUCCCGCCAUGACGGAGGCGGGUGCCGGUGCCGUUGCCGCUGCUGCCGUCGCAGGGGCAGAGUCAGGUUCUCAGAAAGUAGCUUGAUGAGUGUCCAAAGUAGCAGUGGAAGUUUGGAGGGGCCGCCAUCUUGGUCCCAGCUCUCCACGUCUCCAACCCCGGGCUCGGCGGCGGCGGCCAGGUCCCUGCUGAAUCACACGCCGCCAUCCGGGAGGCCCAGGGAAGGUGCAAUGGAUGAGCUUCAUAGUCUGGAUCCCAGAAGGCAAGAAUUAUUGGAAGCUAGAUUUACAGGUGUUGCAACUGGGAGCACUGGGAGCACUGGCAGUUGCAGCGUUGGAGCUAAAGCCUCAACAAAUAAUGAAAGCUCUAAUCACAGUUUUGGAAGCUUGGGAUCUUUAAGUGACAAAGAAUCAGAGACACCAGAAAAAAAACCUUCGGAAUCAUCCAGGGGAAGAAAGAGAAAAGCCGAAACCCAGAAUGAAAGUAGUCAGGGAAAAAGUAUUGGGGGACGUGGCCACAAAAUUAGCGACUAUUUUGAAUACCAGGGUGGGAAUGGCUCAAGUCCAGUAAGAGGCAUACCUCCAGCAAUCCGUUCUCCUCAAAACUCACAUUCACAUUCCACUCCUUCCUCAUCUGUUCGACCUAAUAGCCCUUCUCCUACUGCAUUAGCUUUUGGGGACCAUCCUAUUGUACAACCAAAGCAGUUAUCCUUUAAAAUUACUCAGACUGAUCUCACAAUGAUGAAAUUAGCAGCAUUAGAAAGUAAUAAAAAUCAGGACCUGGAAAAAAAGGAAGGUCGUAUAGAUGAUUUGCUCAGGGCUAACUGUGAUCUCAGACGACAAAUAGAUGAACAACAAAAAUUACUUGAAAAAUACAAGGAACGAUUAAAUAAGUGCAUAUCAAUGAGCAAGAAACUUCUUAUUGAGAAAAGUACACAAGAAAAACUGUCAAGCAGAGAGAAGAGUAUGCAAGACAGAUUACGCCUUGGGCACUUUACAACAGUUAGACAUGGUGCUUCAUUUACUGAACAAUGGACAGAUGGUUUUGCAUUUCAGAAUCUUGUGAAACAACAAGAGUGGGUGAAUCAGCAAAGGGAAGAUAUUGAAAGGCAAAGAAAACUUCUAGCCAAACGCAAACCUCCCACAGCUAAUAAUUCUCAGGCACCUUCUACAAAUUCUGAACCAAAACAAAGGAAAAACAAAACAGUCAAUGGAGCUGAAAAUGAUCCCUUUGUUAGACCAAAUUUGCCACAAUUGUUGACCUUGGCAGAAUAUCAUGAACAGGAAGAAAUUUUCAAACUUAGACUAGGACAUCUCAAAAAGGAAGAGGCAGAAAUCCAGGCAGAACUUGAACGUUUGGAAAGAGUCAGAAAUCUUCAUAUUCGAGAACUCAAAAGAAUAAACAAUGAAGAUAAUUCACAGUUCAAAGAUCACCCAACGUUAAAUGAAAGAUAUUUGUUACUUCAUCUGCUUGGUAGAGGUGGCUUUAGUGAAGUAUAUAAGGCUUUUGACCUUUAUGAACAAAGAUAUGCUGCUGUGAAGAUCCAUCAGCUUAAUAAAAGUUGGAGAGAUGAAAAGAAAGAAAACUACUACAAACAUGCCUGCAGAGAGUAUAGAAUACACAAAGAACUGGACCAUCCCAGAAUAGUUAAACUCUAUGAUUAUUUCUCUUUGGACACAGAUACGUUUUGUACAGUGUUAGAAUACUGUGAAGGCAAUGACUUGGAUUUCUAUCUGAAGCAACAUAAAUUAAUGACAGAGAAAGAAGCUAGGUCUAUUGUAAUGCAGAUUGUGAAUGCACUAAGAUAUCUCAAUGAGAUCAAGCCCCCUAUUAUACAUUAUGAUCUUAAGCCAGGAAACAUCCUUCUGGUAGAUGGAACAGCAUGUGGGGAAAUCAAAAUCACUGAUUUUGGUCUGUCCAAGAUUAUGGAUGAUGAUAGUUAUGGUGUAGAUGGAAUGGAUCUAACUUCCCAAGGAGCGGGCACUUAUUGGUAUUUACCUCCUGAGUGUUUUGUAGUUGGAAAGGAGCCACCAAAGAUUUCCAACAAGGUUGAUGUGUGGUCAGUUGGCGUCAUCUUUUUUCAGUGUCUCUAUGGUAGAAAGCCAUUUGGUCACAAUCAAUCACAACAAGACAUCCUUCAAGAAAACACAAUAUUAAAAGCCACAGAAGUUCAGUUUCCUGUAAAACCAGUUGUAAGCAGUGAAGCUAAGGCCUUUAUAAGACGCUGUUUGGCAUACCGGAAAGAAGAUCGAUUUGAUGUGCACCAACUGGCAAAUGACCCAUAUCUUCUCCCUCACAUGAGAAGAUCAAAUUCUUCAGGAAACUUACACAUGACUGGGCUGGCAGCAUCCCCUACACCCCCUUCUUCAAGCAUAAUUUCUUACUGA